AUGAAUACAACAACCAUUAAUAAGAGCCACGAUGAUGGUAACAAAUCUAUUCAAAAUUUGAUAUUGAAUAAAUUCCCAACCAAAGAUGAUUUAAUUAAUAAAGGUAUUUGGAAAGGUGAUAUAUAUAAACCAAUAUAUUCAUUAGAUAUGGAAAAUAGUGGUGAAGAGGGGAAUAUUAGAGGAUGGGUUUGGAAAACUUUAUUGUUGAAUAGUAUUAUAGAUGACGAAGAGAUUAUUAGUAGUAACAUAACUAGUAAUAUUGCAUCUUCAUUACCAUCUCCAUCACCUCCUCCUAUCUCUACAGAUACUGCUUUGAAUAGAAAAAUUAGUAGAAUUCAAACACAAAAAAGAAAAUUAUAUAUGAAUGGUAAUAUUAUUAAUCCAAAUGGUACUAAUAGUGCUAUUAAUAAUAAACGAAUUAAUAGUAUAGCAAAUGAUUAUAGUACUAAUAGUAACAAUAAUCACAAUGAUGUAGAGAAUGAUAGUGAUGUUGAUUACGACUUUCAUAAUGCUAUCAAUAGUAAGAACAAGAAUAAUAACGACAACAACAACAACAACAAUAAUAAUAAUAAUAAUAAUAAUAAUAAUAAUAAUAAUAGAAGCAUUAGUAGUAAUAGCGGAUUUGUCAUGUUGGAUGAAUUGAAACCGCUUCCCACUACUUUUGAAAACACUCGCUGUGAAGAAAUCAUAGAGAAUGAUGUUCGUGCCAGUGCUAAUAACACCAUUGGUAACACUAAAAAAAGAUUAUUAACACCAAUGUCUACGGAGUCAGACCCACUGUUAAACAACAAAGGUAUAUUUAACAAGACCAACAACAAUGACGAUGCUGACGAAAUCAACAGUAACAACUUGGAACACCAGUUGGAAAUUAUUAAGCUAGAUACCAACAGAUUAUUACUAUAUGAUAUUUAUAAAUCUAUACCGAUUCAACAGGAUAUUCAAUUAAUAUUAUACAAUUACUUAAUUUACAAUAGAACCACAUAUAAACAGGGCUUUCACGAGAUAGUAGCAAUUAUAUACCACCAUUUAGAUUAUUCUGACAAGUUAUCAACAUUAAAUAUUUUCAAUAAAUUUAUGGUUGAGGGUGGUAUCAGUUUGUUUUUCAACGAAAGCGAGUUGAUCAACUGGAAAAAAAACAAAUUUGAGCCAUUGUUAUCCUUUUGUGUUCCUAGCAUAUAUGAUUCAAUUUUGAAAAACUUUAAACUGGACAACACAGUGUGGUUAAUCAGGUGGUGUAGAUUGAUUUUUAUUAGAGAAUUAGAUUUAAAUAAGGAAGUCUUACCCAUUUGGGAUCAUUUUUUAACUUUCAAAUACAAUUUACUGGACUUGAUGAGUACCACCAUCAUUCUACUAUUAGUUUUAAUCAGUAAAAAAAUAAUUUGUUAUUGUGAUGACCAGAGUGAUUUAAUUGAUGUUUUAUUGCAUUACGAGGAGAACAAUGCGUUACAUAACACUAUUUCUAUAGUUGAAUUAAUGAAAUAUAGUGGUAUGUUAUGUGAAAUCAUACAAAAUGGUAGAACAAAUACUUCCAGCUACAAUAAGUUUGAUAGGAAAACCAUACAGCACCUAAGGGAUAUUAUUAGAAUUUUUAGCGAUGUGUAUUUACAAGAUAUGGAAUGGUCACAGAUGAUGAAUACUGUGGUUGAUUCCAACAGGUUAAAGACACAACAAAAAUUAAAAGACAGGAUCAAAUCCAAAAUGAAAAAAUAA